AUAGCUAGGAGCGCUUCUCUGGGACCUGGGUUACAGUCGGGCGGCAGUUGCUUCUGGCCCGCGCGCAGGAGCUGCUGCGGGCUGCGGAGGUCCCGGCUCCAGGCUCCUCCUCCUGCCGGCCCCCCACCCUCCCCUUCUCGGCUCCUCUUUGCAAAUCGAAGCCUUCCCGGAGCAGCCUUGGCGAGGCGGCAGACGCAGCGCAGGCAGCAGGAGGAGCACAGCCGGCUGGCCGCGCCGAGCCUUUGGGCAGCGGCGACGGCGGGCUAGAGCAUCCCGGGAGGCACCGCGGAUCCCGGUGCACCCUGCACAGCUAGGAGAGGAGAGGACCCCGGGGGCUUCAGCUGGGCAAGGGGGAGGAAAGUGUGUGUGUGUGUGUGUGUGUGUGUGUGUGUGUGUGAGAGAGAGAGAGAGAGAGAGAGAGAGAGAGAGAGAGAGAGUGUGUGUGUGUGUGUAGGGCGUCAAUAUCGAAUUAGGGCGGAGGAGAGGGCAGGGGAUUCGAGGGCGCAGUCCCCUGGAUGCCCCCGCCGGUAUUCAAGGUUUUCCCGCGUGGGAACCGGCUCCCUGACGCCCCUCACCAUGGACUUGCGCGGAGUUGAAACCGGCCAAAGCAGCAACCCGCAGUUGACUGCCCGGCCCUGGGGCAUAGCGGGUGCGCGCACGGGGAUGGCAAGGUAGGAUGGCCGCCCAGCGCGACCACCGCCGCCCCAACGCAGCGGCCCCCGGGCGGUGCCGCUGACUCUCCAGAGCGCACAGGCGUGUGGGCGGAGGCGGCCCAGCUUCGCCCGCGUCUUCGCGAGUUGCUUUGCCUCUUCCACCCACUUGCACCUGCCACCGCGCCAGACCAUGUCGAAGGCGGCUGGAGGCGCAGGGGCGGCGACAGAAAGUUGUCCGCCAGCCCCGGCUGGUUCGUCCCCGGCAGCCGCGGUGGAGGAUCUGUCCAAAGUAUCAGACGAAGAGCUGCUGCAGUGGAGCAAGGAGGAGCUGAUCCGCAGCUUGCGGCGCGCCGAGGCAGAGAAGGUGAGCGCGAUGCUGGACCACAGCAACCUCAUCCGCGAGGUGAACCGUCGACUGCAGCUCCAUCUCGGAGAAAUCCGCGGGCUCAAGGAUAUCAACCAGAAACUCCAGGAGGACAACCAGGAACUGAGGGACCUCUGCUGUUUCCUGGAUGAUGACCGACAGAAAGGCAAGAGGGUGUCCCGAGAAUGGCAGAGACUGGGCCGCUACACCGCAGGGGUGAUGCACAAGGAAGUGGCCUUAUACCUGCAGAAGCUGAAGGAGCUGGAGGUGAAGCAGGAGGAGGUGGUGAAGGAGAACAUGGAGCUCAAGGAACUCUGCGUGCUCCUGGAUGAGGAGAAGGGUACGGGCUGUGCGGGCAGCCGCUGCUCCAUCGACAGCCAGGCCAGCCUGUGCCAACUCACUGCCUCCACCGCACCCUAUGUGCGGGAUGUGGGUGAUGGCAGCAGCACCUCCAGCACCGGCAGCACCGACAGCCCCGACCAUCACAAGCACCACGCAAGCGGUGGCAGCCCCGAGCAUCUGCAGAAGCCCCGCGGUGAGGGCAGCCCAGAGCACUCCAAGCACAGAAGCGCCAGCCCUGAACAUCUACAGAAACCAAGGGCCUCCGGGACCCCAGAUCACCCCAAAGCACUCAAAGGACCCAGCCCUGAGCACCACAAACCCUUGUGCAAGGGUAGCCCGGAACAGCAAAGGCACCCACACCCCGGAAGCAGCCCUGAAAUGCUGCCCAAACACGUGCUGAGCGGGAGUCCGGAACAUUUCCAGAAGCACAGGCCAGGGGGCAGCCCGGAACAUGCCAGGCACAGUGGAGGGAGUCCUGAGCAUCUUCAGAAACAUGCCCUUGGUGGGAGUCUGGAGCACCUACCCAGAGCCAGGGGCACCAGCCCCGAGCAUCUCAAACAGCAUUUUGGGGGGAGCCCUGAUCACAAACAUGGAAGCGGAGGCAGUGGUGGAGGCAGCAGGGAGGGCACCCUCAGACGUCAGGCGCAGGAGGACGCGUCACUCCAUCACCGGAAUGUCUACAGUGGCAUGAACGAAUCAACCUUGUCCUAUGUUAGGCAGCUGGAGGCAAGAGUAAGACAGCUGGAGGAAGAAAAUCGCAUGCUGCCCCAGGCCACCCAGAAUAGAAGGCAACCUCCAACUAGAAACAGCUCAAAUAUGGAGAAAGGCUGGGGGCCCAGAGCCCGGCGGGUCUUGCAGUGGUGGCAAGGGUGCCGAGGAAUAGGACGAUGCCUGCCCACUCUCCCGGGUUCUUUUAGGUUGUCAUCAGGGGCUGAUGGGAGUAACAGUUCACCCAACUCUCCAGCUAGCUUCAGUGGACAUACCACACCUUCUCAGCAGCCUGAACCUGUGGUACAUUCUCUUAAGGUCUUGGAUGUUCAGGAAACUAUAGAUCGUCAACAGGGUAAAGAGUAUGAACAUGACCUUAGUGAGACAGAAAAAGCUAUAGUCAGAGAAAUGUGCAAUGUUGUGUGGAGGAAACUUGGAGAUGCUGCAGGUUCGUGUCCUGGAAUUAGGCAACAUUUAUCAGGAAACCAGUACAAAGGACCCAUGUGAGAAGCACUCUUUCUCAAACAUGAGAUCAACACUGCCAGACAGAGAUAAAGAGAAGAGUGGAUUUCCACAAACCUGAACUCAUGGAAUAACACGGAGGUGAUUGUACAUUGCACAUAUCUCCCCUCUGAAACCCUCAGUACGACUUCCCCCAUCAAACUGAUAUUCUGUGUCUCACUUUAGUGUUCACAACAGUUGAUCUCAAACAAGGUUAGCUUUGAAAAAAAAUCACCAUUUUGGUAUCAAUAUUUUCAUUAGAACAAAAUCAUUUUUAUCUCCCCAGUUCUGAGAUUGUAAUUGGGAAACCUGCAUGGUUGGAAAAGUCCAGUAGAGCCUCAGUGGUUUUGAUAGAGUUGACUCAUUGCAUACAAUGGUGGGAACUUUCCAUCAUGCUAUAUUGAAGAUACAAAGAGGUGUUUGCCAGCUUCCCAAAGUUGAGAGUUGGGCACCUACCUCUUAUACUUCUCUUAAGGAAGGUUCCUGAUGCAUAAUUUAUUUGGAUGCAAAUAGAUUUGAUCUCUGUUUUGAUUUUUUGAGGUGCUAAAAAGAACACAUCAAAUUGUCUUAGCCAGUUAGAAGAGUAGCAAGAGUUUGUAGAGUGCCUAUCGGAGAGUACCAUUUAUUUCAAAUGAUCAAAAAAUACCUUUUAAUCUGAUGAGUUGCUCAUAAAAGCACAUUCUGGGGACAGACCAACUUCCAUAUUCAUUCAAUAUAUCAAUUUCAACUAAGAAAAAUAAUUUUUCUAUGUGUUUCGAGCUGUGAUAUGUCAAUUUCUACAAUUUAGUUUCUAGACAUACUGUAUAUUUAAUAAACUUUAUGUAAACUUUACAAUAUUGCACUGCAUUUAUGAAAAAAGCUUUCUUUGCCUACCGCAGCUAUCUAGCAUUUUCUGGAACUAACGCAUGUCCUUCAUUAUUAAGGCUAAAAGCUCUUGUUCAGAUUGCUUGAGGUUUGAAAAAGAGGUGUGUUAGCUUUGCUUAGUUUAUUUCUUAUUUUUGGUAUAUCUAUCUAUAUAUAUAUAAUAUUAGAAUGUGUGUAUUAGAAAUGCUAUGAUAGGUAUUUUGUGUUUAUCUAAAUGCAAUGAUAGUUUCUUGUAUGAAUGUGCAAGAGGCCUGUGACAGAAUGCUACAUUUCUACUGUAGUUUAAGAGUAUAAAAGUAGGGAUGCAACAACUUCCAGCUUUCAGGCAUCUUCUAAAUUACUGAGAUUUGGUUCAUAGCAAAUAUUUUUUGUUUUAAAAUGGGCUCAUUACAGAGUGUAUUAAUGUUCAUUGAUGAGGGAAUGUAAAGGAAUUUCAUUAUACUUUUAAAAAAUGUAACUGAUGAAAAACAGCUAUUUUCAGAAAAUAUUUAUGAAUUAAUUUACUAUAGAAUUAUCUCUGUUAUAAUUGGGUUACGGUUUAAGCCUCUUUCUUUUAAAAUGUCAUAUUUUUAAAUCUUAUCCCUCUAUUAAAUUGCUUGUUAUAUUUACAUCUUCUCUCCUAGAAGUGUUUUCAUCCUUAAAUUGUUGUAUUCCUUCACUCCAAAAAUGCUUAAAAGUUUUUGUGCCUGCAGCACAGCCUGCAGAAGCUAAUACAAGGGACUCUGGUCUUUUGCAAAAUACUUGUGUAAAUUUUGAUACUGUAUUAAAACUAUUUUUUUAAAGUACCACAUAAAAUUGAGUAUUAAGUAUGUGUUCAUCUUAGCAAUGGUAAUAAAUUAUUUAAUCUCAG